GAGGGCGGGGAGGGCCGGGGACCGGCGGGCCCGGGCGAGGCGCAGCCGCGCGGCCGAGGGGGGCGCUGGGGUGCGCGGCGCUGCCCCGGGCCCGGCAUGAAGGAGGACAAGGAGAACGCCAGGCCCAAGGAGCGCCGCGGGGGGCCCGGGCCCGCCGUCGGGGCCGGGGCUGGGGCCGGGGCCGGCUCGGAGGGCAGGGCCGGCGGCGCCGAGCUGGAGCGGCUGGAGCGGCCCAAGGACAAGAAGGAGGCGCUGAGCAAGGUGGUGAUCCGGCGGCUGCCGCCCAGCCUCACCAAGGAGCAGCUGGAGGAGCACCUGCAGCCCCUGCCCGAGCACGACUACUUCGAGUUCUUCGCCAAUGACUCCAGCCUGUACCCUCACAUGUUCUCGAGAGCCUACAUCAACUUCAAAAACCAGGAGGAUAUCGUGCUCUUCAGGGACCGCUUCGACGGCUACGUCUUCGUUGAUCACAAAGGUCAGGAAUAUGCUGCCAUAGUAGAGUUUGCACCUUUCCAAAAAGCUGCAAAAAAGAAGAGCAAGAAAAAGGAUGCCAAAACUGGGACUAUUGAAGAUGAUCCAGAGUACAAGAAGUUUUUGGAAAGUUACAGUGCAGAUGAUGAAAAGUUAACCUCCACUCCUGAAACCUUGUUGGAGGAAAUAGAGGCAAGAAACAAAGAGCUAAUAGCUAAAAAGACUACUCCCUUAUUGAACUUCUUGAAAAAUAAACAGAGACUGAGGGAGGAGAAAAGAGAGGAGAGGAGGAGGAGAGAACUGGAAAGAAAAAGACAAAGAGAAGAAGAAAGAAGAAAAUGGAAAGAGGAGGAGAGAAGGAAGAGAAAAGAAGCAGAAAAACUGAAGAAAGUAGACAGAUGUCCAGAAAAAGAAAGAGACAGAUCAAAAGAAGAACCAAAGAUUAAGCUACUUAAGAAGCCUGAAAAAGAUGAAAAAGACUUGGAGAAAAAGGAAAAAUCCAAGAAACUGGAAAAAGAGACUCUGAGGGAGGAAAAAAAUGCGAGUAGUGCAUCUGCCAAACGAUCUGAUGGGGAGACAAAAGAAGAGAAGGCAAAAAAAUCAGAAGAUGAGUGUGUAAAGGACUACAGGGACCGAGAUAGAGAUUUUGAAAGAGACAGAGAAUAUGAGAGAGCACAGAGGGAGAAACUGAGACGCCAGGAAGAAGAGCGUCGGAGGCAGAAAGAGCGCUUUGAGAAAGAGAAGGUUUUUAGAAGAAAAGAGGAAGAGGUGAAAAAGGAAAGAGACUUGCUCAGAGAAAAGGGAAAGAAAAGUGAUCUUACAGACUUUACCAGCGGCAUGGACAAAUCUGAGAAAGUAACCAAAGACGAUAAAAAAGAGGAUACAAUUAAGAGGGAUCGUAUCAGAAACAAGGAUCGUCCAGCAAUGCAGCUGUACCAGCCAGGAGCCCGAAGCCGAAGCAGAUUGUGUCAGUACGAAGACAGUGCUGCCAAGCCGACAGAUCAGGGAGCGGAUAAGAAACAAGAGAGUGAGACCAGUAACAUGAAGGAAGAGGAGUGACUAGCAUGCAGGCCUUAUGUGUUCUGACUGUCUGUGCAGCCAAAGAGCAUGUACUACGCAAUCCAGAAGUGCCUUCGAAGCGAAGAAGGAACAAAGGAAGAAGAGGGGGUGUUGCGCUGUUGGAUGUUUCUGGCUAAAGAACCUCAGUUGUAGAUUCGGAAUUUGAAAUGUGUUCUCAUUUGUAUUUUCAGUUAUUUGAGUUUAUUUUCCCAGCAUCUAACUACAACAGAGAAGAGAAAAUUUGCAAAGUAGAAAGACUUUGUGGCCUUAAGUUUGAUAUUAAAUGAGUCAUGCAGUCAGGAGGAGAUGACACCUGGAUCUAAUGCCAGAGCUUUACUGUAAAGCAAUCAGAGCCAGUGUUUGAUGCACUUAAAGCAGAGCAAGCUUGAAGUGGCACGGAGUUAAUGUGGGUGUUACUGUGUCGUGUGGUGCUCCUACCUGAGACUGUGUUAGCUAAAUUGUAUUGCUUCUAGCACUGAGACAGGUAUGCAGGCGGUGGUGGCUGAGGUACCAGUGAAGUAGAGCCCUCUGCUCAUGAAAAGAGAACAUCUGGAAUUGCAUAAAGACCUUGGGAAGGGAGAGACCUUCCUGAGGCCUCUGAAUUAAUUAAUUUAUCCAGAGAACCACUUGAGUUGGAGUGUAUGAAUAAGCUGGCUUAGUAUUGGAUACUUGUUGACAAAUUCUCAUGUAAAGUCUACCUACACUGAAAUGCUUAUUUUUAAUCACCUGUAGUUGUACGUCGGGUUCUUUUCAAGCGUUCUCCCUUGUCUGGAGCCUGAAACACUCCCGCACUCCUGCCCUCUCGGUGCCCGCUCCCCUUCCCCUCUAAUUCAAAGUAUUGUCUUACAGCCGAGAAAGAGAACUUCACCAGUAGCAGCUCCUUUUAAGCUCGCGAAUUUUAGCCAUAGCGAUUUUUUUGUACCGAACCCAAUAAACUCGCACAAACUCUU